AUGGUGGACAAGCGCCCCUACCCCGACGGCGCCGACGCACAAGGCGACCCCAAACGCCCACGCUCCAACAACGCCUCGCCAGCUCCGCCCGGAGCAGCAGCAGCAGCAGCCAAGCCCGACAUCUCCAAAGCCCUCGCCGAAGCCCGCGCGCGCGCCGCCGCAGCCAAAGCCAGAUUCGCCGCCACCAAAAAUGGCGGUUCUGCCUCGCCCUCGCCUGCGCCAGGCACGCCGCCGCCCGCCGCCGCAGGCAUGACCCCCGCCGAGGCCGCCAGAGCCAAGAUCGAAGCCAUGAAGGCGCGCGUCGCGGCCGCAACCAAGAAGGCCGCUCCUGCCGCCGCGCCGACCCCGCCGCCGCCGUCGCAGUACGAGGAGGACACAUCGUCGCGGGCGCGCGGCGGGCUGGGCAUCGGCCUGCACCCCGCGCUCAUGGCGGAUGCUGGGGCCGGGGCGGGCGCGCGCGGAAAGCAGGCCAUGCAGCCCAAGUUUGCGACGACCAUGGCGAACCGCCGCACCGAGUCGCCGCUGCAGAAGACGGGGAAGGACAAGAGGCAGCUCGAUCUGUCGGGGCCGAGCGUCGAGGAGCUGAAGAAGAACCCCUACUACGACCCCAGCAUCGCCAUUGCUCCGUCGGGCCGCGCGCGCCACUCGAAGCAGCUGGUCUUCAACCAGAAGGGCAAGUUCAUCGCGCAGGCCAACGCCUUGCGCCGACAGGCCGCGCUCGAGCAGAUGAAGAAGCGGAUAGCGGACCAGGCGAAGAAGGUGGGCCUGGACGAGGACAACGAGAAGUCGUUCCUGGUGCCCGCGCCGCCGGACAUUGAGUGGUGGGACGAGGGGCUGGUCGACGCCAAGCACUACAACGAGCUGGACAGCACCGCAAAGAUCGACUCGGCCGACUCCAUCAUCACCCACUACGUGCAGCACCCCGUGCUCCUCGAGCCGCCGCAGGACAAGAACGCGCCCGCGCCCAAGCCCAUGCCCCUCACCAAAACCGAGCAAGCGAAGCUGCGCCGCCAGCGCCGCAUGGCCGACCACAAGGAGCAGCAAGCGAAGAUCCGACUCGGGCUGGAACCGCCCCCGCCCCCCAAAGUCAAGAAGAGCAACCUGAUGCGCGUGCUGGGCGAGCAAGCAGUCAAGGACCCGACGGCCGUCGAAGCGCGCGUGAACCGCGAGAUCGCCGAGCGCGCCGCAAAGCACGAAGCAGACAACGCAGCGCGCAAGCUGACCAAAGACCAGCAGCACGAGAAGCUAGCCGCGCAGCAAGAAGGCGACGCCGCGCGGGGCUUGCACGUCUGCGUGUUCCGCAUCGAGAACCUCUCGUUCGGCAAACACCGCUACCAAGUCGACAUCAACGCGAAGCAAAACGCGCUGACGGGAAUCACAAUCCUGCACCCCAAGUUCAACCUCGUCAUCGUCGAGGGCGGCGCCCACUCGAUCCGCAACUACAAGAAACUGCUGCUGCAGCGCAUGCGCUGGACCGAGAACGCCAUGCCCACGUCUGUGCGCGAGGGCAACCGCGACGCCGACGCCGCGUGGCUGCAGGCGACGGACGAGUCGGGCGCCCUCAAGGAUCUGAGCGCGAAUCGCUGCACCCUGGUGUGGGAGGGCGAGGAGCGCCAGCGCGCGUUUCGCAAGUGGGGCUCGCGGGUCUGUGAGACGGAUACCGAGGCCAAGGAGGCGCUGAGUAGGGCUAAGAUGGAGAAUAUGUGGACGUUGGCCAAGACGGCUGUUGCGCUGGAGUAG